AUGAGUGAGAACGUCAGUUGUAUUCUUAUAGCGGACGCUAUACGAAGUGAAGGUCUUGACGAUGUUACAACUCAAUUGUUCGUCAAAUCAGCAUUUACGCUGGUCUAUGGAUUUUUAUUCAUACUUGGCCUUGUUGGAAAUGGUGGUGUCGUAUUUGCAAUGGCGAACAAUCGACGAUUACGAUCAGCCAGGAAUAUUUUCCUCCUAAAUCUUAUCCUCACUGAUCUUCUUCUUGUACUUACUGCUGUACCAGUCACGCCAUGGUAUGCGUUGACGAAAAAUUGGCUAUUUGGAUCCGCAAUGUGUCAUAUAAUGCCGCUGUCGAACUCGUGCUCAGUAUUUGUAACAAGCUGGAGCCUAACAGCCAUUUCAAUCGAUAAGUAUCUUCACAUUAUUGAUCCAACCAAAGCUCCAGUUACGAAGAGACAAGCAUUAGCAAUUACAUUGUUGGUUUGGUUAAUCAGCACUUUGAUCAAUAUACCGUAUCUGCUUAGCUAUCAAUUAGUCGACGGUAGCUAUUAUGUGCCUGAGGGCAGUACUCCUUACUGUGGUAAAUUCUGCGAUGAAACUAAUUGGCAAAGUGAAAAUUCACGUAGACUCUACGGCACUAUGGUUAUGCUUUUACAGUUCGUCAUUCCAAUGUCAAUCAUCACUUAUUGCUAUUUCCGAAUAUUACGUAAAGUCUCCAAAGAUAUGAUAAUUCAAAAUGUACAAUUUUCGGCAUCGUUGUCACAAAAACAGCGAGUGGAUGCGAUUAGCCGAAAGAAAAAGGUCAACUAUAUUUUGAUCGGCAUGGUGGCUACGUUCAUAUGCUGCUGGUUACCGUUAACUGCAGUGAAUUUAGUGAAAGAUUAUAAAAUUGAACCGUAUUUCCUUCGUGCACAACCAUUCCUGGUGCCGCUAUUAGCGCACGUUGUCGCUAUGUCACUUGUCGUCUGGAAUCCAGUGUUAUUCUUCUGGUUAACUCGGAAACAAAAACGAUCAGGGCUUAGCAAGAUUAUUAAUUCGUCUGAGGUGGUGGCAUCGUUCGCCAGUCGACUUGGGAACAGCUUACGACGUAUGUCUACUCGUAAUGAUAGUAAACAAGAAAAAUGCAAAAAACGUAAUGCAACGAUCGAUUCGGAAGUGAUCUCCGGAUCAAGUACAACCUCUCGACCGUUAAUUAUACGAACGGAAUUGUUACCGCCAAACACCACCAGCGACAAACAGCAGGAUUUUGAUCAUCUGUGA